AUGUCCAUCCACGUUGUCUUCAGCGCCGAGUGCAACCACGCGAUGACGUGGCAGGCCGCCGGCCUCUUCCACUCGCACCGCGCAGUCGGACAGCCCGGCAACAUCACACGGCUGCUCGCUUGCUCCGAGGAGCAGAGGGCCGACUACCGCGGCAUGGAGCUGGGCCCGACAUUUGUGCAUCACAACAUGCGACACGGCCACCCGCUCAUCGACGAGGUCGGCUACCCUUCGUACAACAAGCCGGCGAGCGUCAUGUUUUGGCUCGAGGCGGUCGAGCCAGAGGAGGAGUUCAUCGCGCUGCUCGACACCGACAUGCUGCUCCGCGCGCCGCUCGACCCAACCGCCCUAGGCGCGACGCGCGGCCGCGUCGUCUCGGCCGAGUACGCUUAUCUUGUCGGCACGGAGAAGCCCUUCGCGUCGCGAUUCCUCGAGGCGGAGGCGGUCCCGCUGGCCGCCCGCUGCGGCGGCUUCCACAUCUUCCACCGCGAGGACCUCCGGAGGAUAGCGCCGCUGUGGAUCGAGUAUACCCGCCGCGUCCGCGCCUUCGCAAAGGCGGAGCCCGAUGCGUACAUGGACGAGUCCUUCCAAGACUGGGCAGCCAAGAAGGGGACGGUGUCCGCGGCGGACGCAUCUGUCAAGCGGAGCCAGGCGCUCUGGCAGGCGGAGAUGUACGGGUACGCCUUUGCCGCCGCCUCGGUCGGCGUCUCUACGAUCGUGCGCGGUGACACCAUGCUGUACCCUGGCUACGUGCCGUCGCCCCUCGCGCUGCCCUCCAUCCUCCACUACGGCACGGACUUUUACCUGGAGAGGCAGCUGCCCGGGACGUUGCCGCGGGGCAUCUUUGGCGAGCACGCGCCCGCCGCCGGCGCGUCGCGCGAGCAGUCUCACAUCUACUUCAACAAGAUGGCGCGUCGCGACUCCGAUGCGCUGACCUCGCUCGACCUCUUUGCGUGCGCCGCCUCGAGCGGAAGGCUCGAGCGGAGAGCCGGCUCCGAGAGUGGCGGCUCGCGCGGCUUCUUCUUCUUCCCUCUCCCUCCGCCGGAAGAGCAGCUGCACGGCCGCUCGCUGCGCGACCUGCUCGCGCUGCAGCACCUCCGGCUGCUCAACGAGGCCUUCUGCGGCGUCUACAACGCACACUGCCCCAGAGGGGAGGCAGGCGUGGCGUGCCCCGACGUCGCGGCGCCCGUGGCGCGGCACUGGAGCCGCAAGCCCGUCGGGCGGCUCGACCCGCGAUCGCCGCUGGUGAGCUACUGGGACGAGGCUUCGUGCGGUCCGCGCGGCGACGACGCCGUGAGCCGUGCUACGGCCGAGUGUGGCGGUGAGGGCUACUCCGUGGUGGCGCGCGUACCGUACGACGAGUCGUCCCGCGGCUUCGCGGCGACAGACGAGUCGGGCUGCAACUACUAUGCGUAUCUCGUCCACGAGGGCUGCAGCGGCGCGGACCGCGCCGAGUGCUCCGCGCCUGCCAAGGCUGGUCACUGCCUCAAGAACUUCGAGUACAUGACCUUCUCGUGCCCGCGCGCUUGCGGCCUCUGCAGAUUCGACGCACGCGAGCUCGACCUGCUUCUGGGACCGCGCAAGUUCCACGGCGAGCUUGCGGCGGACGUCCGGCGAGAGUACUUGCGAGUCCGGACGCGUCUGGCGAGCUAUCUCGUCGCCGCGGAGCAGCAGGCUCGGUCAGCGGCGGAGGACCCCGGCACCCCAGGCACUUGUGCGUUUAAAAAGAAGCCGCCACGCACAACUUUCGCUAAGUAA